UAAGCAAGAUAUUUCUUGCACAAAAUCCACCUUCUCACUCUAUCUCAGUUUCCCGCUCCUGUCCAGAGCUCGAUCACUCUUCCUCUAUAAAAAAAUUCACACCAAUUUCUAGGGCUUCUCUCACGCGAUACGUGUAGUUGGGGGGUUUCUGGAGCUUCUUUUUCUCUCUGUCCUUAGCUUCUCGUGGUCGGCGCCGUAGGUCUGAGGCUCCGAACAGAAUGGCGGCUUUUGCUUCUCUCUCGCCGUGCCCUUACAUUAUCUCGUGCUGGCAAAACCCUAGAGCGCGUUCCGUUUUAUGCUCGCUUGGCUCAUCUCCUUCUUCUUCUUCUCAUUCACCUUCUCCUCCCCCUAUUUCUACUCCGAUAGGUACACGUGUUUCUAAAGUGCCAAGAAAAGGACCAGGAAGAAUGGAAGGUGCUCGAAAGAGUAUGGACGAUGCUACUCAACGCAAAAUGGAACAGUUUUAUGAGGGAACUAAUGGUCCGCCACUUCGUGUUCUUCCAAUUGGCGGGCUGGGUGAAAUUGGUAUGAAUUGCAUGCUUGUUGGAAACUAUGACCGCUAUAUUCUCAUAGAUGCUGGAGUCAUGUUCCCAGACUACGAUGAAAUUGGAGUCCAGAAGAUUAUACCUGACACCACAUUUCUGAAAAGAUGGAGCCACAAAAUUGAAGCGGUUGUUAUAACACAUGGACACGAAGAUCACAUUGGUGCGUUGCCUUGGGUAAUCCCUGCUUUGGACUCCCGCACACCAAUAUAUGCAUCAUCCUUCACGAUGGAGCUUAUUAAAAAGCGGUUAAAGGAGCAUGGGAUCUUCGCUCCAUCAAGACUUAAGGUGUUCAAAACGAAGAAGAGAUUUAUGGCUGGACCAUUUGAAAUAGAACCUAUAAGGGUGACCCAUUCUAUUCCUGAUUGCUGUGGAAUGGUUCUUCGCUGUGCUGAUGGUACAAUUCUUCAUACUGGGGACUGGAAGAUUGAUGAAUCACCUUUGGAUGGGAAAGCUUUUGAUCGUGAAGCUCUUGAGGAACUCUCCAAAGAAGGGGUGUCAUUGAUGAUGAGUGACUCAACAAAUGUACUUUCACCUGGAAGAACAAUUAGUGAAACUGUGGUGGCAGAUGCAUUAUUGAGGCAUGUUUCAGCUGUGAAAGGAAGGGUUAUUACAACUCAGUUUGCAUCAAAUAUUUUUCGGUUGGGAAGUGUGAAAAAGGCUGCUGAUAUAACUGGCAGAAAGUUGGUAUUUGUUGGGAUGUCCUUAAGGACUUAUCUGGAUGCAGCUUGGAAAGAUGGAAAGUCACCAAUUGAUCCUUCAACUCUGGUGAAAGUUGAAGAUAUGGAUGCCUAUGCUCCAAAGGAUUUACUAAUUGUCACUACUGGAUCACAAGCAGAACCACGUGCUGCCCUGAAUCUCGCAUCCUGUGGAAGUAGUCAUGCUUUCAAGCUGAGCAAGGAAGAUGUCGUUUUAUAUUCGGCUAAGGUUAUUCCUGGUAAUGAAUCUCGGGUGAUGAAAAUGCUUAACCGAAUCUCAGAGAUUGGAUCAACCAUAGUGAUGGGUAAGAAUGAGGGGCUGCACACAUCUGGUCAUGCAUAUCGUGGAGAGCUGGAGGAAGUACUUAGGAUUGUGAAGCCGCAACAUUUUUUGCCCAUACAUGGAGAACUUUUGUUCUUGAAAGAGCAUGAAUUGCUUGGGAAAUCAACUGGCAUUCGACACACCACUGUUAUAAAGAAUGGGGAGAUGCUUGGGGUUUCUCACUUGAGGAACAGAAGAGUUCUCUCUAAUGGUUUUAUUUCCCUUGGGAAGGAGAAUUUGCAGUUGAUGUAUAAUGAUGGAGAUAAAGCAUUUGGCACAUCAUCUGAACUUUGCAUUGAUGAGAGACUAAGAAUUGCAUCUGACGGCAUUAUCAUUGUCAGCAUGGAAAUAUUACGUCCUCAAAAUGGAGACAGUGUAAUUGACAAUGUGAUAAAAGGAAAGAUAAGAAUCACUACACGUUGCUUAUGGCUUGAUAAAGGGAAGCUUUUAGAUGCACUCUACAAAGCUGCCCAUGCAGCACUUUCAAGCUGUCCCGUGAACUGUCCUGUGGCCCACAUGGAAAAAUCUGUUUCUGAAGUAUUGAGGAAAAUGGUAAGGAAGUACAGUGGUAAGAGGCCUGAAGUCAUUGCCAUUGCUGUCGAAAGCCCGGUGGGUGUUCUUUCUGAUGAGCUCAGUGCAAGGCUAUCUGGUAAUUUACAUGCUGAUUUUGGCAUGCCAACACUGAGAAAAGUGGUUGAUGCACAUUCAAAGAGAAUACAUUCAAACAAGGUGCAGUUAGAAGGCAACGGCCAUAUAAACUUGCCAGAGACUUCACAACAAAGUCUGAAAGAGAGUAUAGAAGAUGACAGACUACUACCUGAGGAAGACACUUCAAGUACUAAAUUGGGAGGAAGUCUAUCUUCCAAUGUCGAGGAUUCAGAUGAUUUCUGGAACUCAUUUAUUUCACCAUCGCAACUCAAUCAAUCAACAGAGAGUAAUUUUGGUUCGGUUCCUCAAGAUGAACAUACGUCAGACGAAUCCACUGAGAUGGAAAAAUCUAGCCCAAAGUCUUCCAAGCCUGUGAAACGAAACAAAUGGAAACCUGAGGAGGUUAAGAGGCUAAUCGAACUACGUGGAGAAUUGCAUAGCCAAUUUCAAACUGUGAAGGGGAGAAUGGCUCUUUGGGAAGAGAUAUCUUCAAACAUGAUUGGUGAUGGUAUCACUCGGAGUCCAGGGCAGUGCAAAUCUCUAUGGGCUUCUCUGGUUCAGAAAUAUGAGGAAACAAAAGGUGGUGAAGUCGUGAAAAAUUGGCCAUAUUUUGAAGAUAUGCAUAAAAUUUUCACUGAUUACGAUGCAAUGGCAACAAAAUGAUUAGAAGAGGAAGCAACAUGAAGUCUCUUCUCCGGGGAGGCAUUUCAAUGGCAUUUCUUUCUUUCCAAGUCACUUCUGAAUGACAACGAGCAAAUGGACGAAUAUAGGUGACAUUAUAAUUGUAUUGUAGACUCAUUGCAUGGAAGGUUUCCAGUCAGAUGAGAAGAGCCCCAAACAUGGGGUCAUGAUUCAUGAAGCCCUUCUGUGAAAUUGACCAUCAGAAAUGUCAGAUAAGAAAUGGAUUAGCUUCGUAGGAAUAGAGUUUCUCUAUAUAAUGGUUCAUCGGAUUGCUGAUACCCUAGCUUGGGCAGAGUGGUUAUGGAGGUAAUUCUCUUUCCAUAUUUUCUUUAUUUAUUGUACACUUAAUUUUUAAUAGCAUAAGCUUCAUCUUGAAUUGGGCUGGAAGCCAGAUUUAUGAAUUUUUUUUUAAAAAAAGAAAUCUCCGAGAAGGCUUUUCCUUUUUAGCUCA